AUGUUGAAUAUACAUCGUCUCCAUCAUCAGUGCUGGAAACUGACGAGAUGGCUAGUUUCGGGAGGAUUCCAAAGAAGCAUCACCUACUCAACCCCUGACACAUCCUUGGAGCUGGCCAUAAAGGGGCUUUCGUCUCAAUCCAACAUCGAUCUGCCGCAGCUUGGCUCGCCAUUCCUCUCCAAGGUCCACAGCGAGCUUUAUACCUAUCUUCCGCCUGAAAAUAUGGAGACUCAAGGUUCAUUGAACGGGCUGAAGACACUACAGAAUAAGUCUCCUGUUUCGGCCCUCGGAGUAUUCUUAAAACACUUCGUGUUUUUGUCAACCAACAACUUACUCUGUGGAUGGGACAUCAACGUAAUCUGUGACUGGAUUGUUGGUAAAUGUGGUGCUGAUAUCCUCCUUUUUCUGUGUCGGCCGGGGUCACUUUCAAGGGACGUUUUCGCAAGAAAAGUCCUCUGCAGCGCAGUUGAGUCCGGAGAUAUGCGUCUUGCUAGCAGUAUAAUCCAAUGCGGGGCCCAUUUACAGGAUGUUUCUUCUCAGAGUCAACGUUGGGCUGAACACCUCUCAACGGCCGUGUGCCAAGGGCACGAGGCUAUGGUUGAGCUACUCUGUAAAGCUGGGGUCCCACCUAAGGUCAAGAAGAAUCGCUGGCUAUGGAAGAUUGAGUGGGAAUCCCGCCUUCCGAUUCUACGAACUCUCCUCAAAUAUGGUGCCGAUCCAGAGAACCUCAUCACGAAUGAGCAGCCUGGGUUCCCUCUGAUUGAUGCAGCAGGGGAUGGUAGCCUAGGAGCCGUGAAGCUGCUUCUGAGUGCGGGAGCUAGAGUUGACCUUUACCUUCCUGGGUAUGGCGGGACAGCUUUGCAAGCCGCAGCUUCGCAGGGUCACUUGGAGGUGGCUAAAUAUCUCGUCCAAUUUGGAGCGGACGUCAACGUCCCUAAUGUUGAACUUCUACGGCAUCAUCGAUGGUCUCUAUUCUUCAACCACAAAGAAUGGAUGGCUUGUCAAACUCCAGUUCAGCUUGCUACUAAAGUGAACAAUCUUGCUCUUCUCCGAGUUCUGCUGGAGAAAGGAGCAUCUGCGAUGGCUUGCCCAGUCUCCAUACGUCCUGACUUUGAAGUCAUUUGCCACUGGCAAGAAAACCGGUUCAACCGCAAUAGGCCACUGUAUUUUACACCUAGGUAUGAUGAGGAGCGUACAGUAUAUACUGCCCUGCAAUAUGGGGUUUUAUGUCAAAAUGUGGACAUCGUCACACUUUUGCUGUUCAUGGGAGUUGCUCCUGAUUCCCGGGUAGCACCAGAUAUAGGCGACACACCUUUACAGAUGUCAGCAAGGUUGGGCGACUUUCAAUUGGCUCAACUUCUUCUGAGAAGUGGUGCUGAUGUCAAUGCCUCCCCUGCGGCUUUCAACGGCCGAACAGCAAUUCAAGGGGCAGCGGAAAGUGGAAACUGGAAGAUUUUGUCAAUGCUUCAAGUCGCAGGAGCGCAAAUCAAUGCUCCAGCAGGAGCGAAGCUGGGGAUGACUGCGUUACAGGCGGCAUGUUUGAACGGCCAUCCUCUUAUUGCAGGGUUCUUGCUUGCUCACCAGGCGAAUAUAAACGUAGCCCCGUCGCCGCUGGGAGGAUUGACACCCAUCCAAGCUGCAUCUGUGCGUGGCGAUAUCGGAUUGGUGAGAGAUUUGAUUAGCCUUGGAGCAGAUGCCAACGCCCCAGCAACUGAGAUGGGAUCGACCGCUCUUGUGGUUGCUGCAAAGCAUAAGUCUCUGCCGCUUCUCGAGAUACUUGUGCAACAUGGCGCAAAUGUCAAUCCAACUGGGGACUGUGAUCUGAUGUCACCUCUACGAGCGGCUGCCAGUAUGGACUGGUUCGAGGGAGUUGAGUUCCUCUUGAAACACGGUGCAAAGGUCGAUGACACUCCAUUUGAGGUACUAGAAUCAGAGGACUAUGCGGGUUUUGUUGAAGAGCUGCUGAGCCCUCUUGGCUGGGCUAUCUCCAACCGUAAUGAGGAGAUGGUGAAUCUAUUGGUGCAACAUGGUGCCGAUGUUCUUGCAACUGCCAGUUCUUAUGGAGCUGAGUCGCAAAGCGCCCUGAUAUAUUUAAUAGGGCAUGGGUCAGAUAUUACCCUCAUUAACUUCCUUCUUGCGAAUGUUAAAGACUUGAAAAUUUAUUCUGGGUGGGAAGAAGCGCUAGAAAUUGCCCUCGAAGACUUAUACCUUGAUGUUUGUGAACUGAUAGUUGAGACAACAAGGUCACUGUCAUCGCCUCUUCAUUGCAAAGUGACCCAGAGCGGAUGGAAUGUAUUACCUACAUUGGACGUCUAUGACGACGAAGAAAUUUUGCUGGACGUUAUGAAGCUUCUCAUGAAAUCAGGGGCAGAUUUGGAUUCUCGCUCCACGGAUGGAAGCACUCUCCUUCAACGGAUAGCUGGUCGGGGUUAUAUUAAAUCCUGCUGUUUUCUGGUCGACCAUGGUGCUGCCAUUAAUGCUCAUGCGGGCCAACGAUAUGGAACAGCACUUCAAGAGGCCAUCAAGAAAAAUCACGUAAAGAUAGCCGAUCUCUUCCUGGAACAUGGGGCGGAUGUGAAUGCUCUACCAGCGCUCAACUCGGGUGUUACUGCGCUUCAAGCAGCUUCCAUCAAUGGGAUGCUCGAGAUGACUGUACGACUACUUGAAUGCGGGGCAGAUGUAUGUGCGCCAGCUGCACCAAAGAACGGGAGAAAGGCAAUUGAUGGAGCUGCAGAGCGCGGCCAUCUGGAAAUGGUGCAAUUGCUUCUAAACGCAUAUGGAGAACAAGAAGCACUGAGGACAGUAUGUGAUCGAGCUGCGGAUUACGCGGAAAAGGAAGGUCACUGUGAACUUGCCCGUUGGCUACGAGCGUAUCCUCCUGUUUGA